UACUGUGAUAUGCGUCUUGAGAGACUGACAAAAGCAAGUGUUAUUGAGUUCAAAUCCUUUUGUGGCAUUAAUGCUUCCAAAUCUGUUUGGAGAUUUAAAUGAUUCAACAUCUUUAUGACGGGUGUCUUCAGCGCAUAAUUACAGUAGACCACAGCUUUUGGCAUUACAUGUUAACCUUUGGCUCUGAAGCCUUUGUGAGUUACCUCUUCCCCACAUACUGGACCUUGAACCGGCAACAGGGGACCUACUGCCUGUGUGUAAAAGUUAAGUUGUGUGAAAAUGCUGAUACCAUCUAACAUCCUGAUACACUCGGAACCCAAGGCUCAAAGCACACGUUUGGAUUUGGACAAAACUAGAGCCAGGAAAUGUCCAGUAGCAUCUCAAUAUUCCUAGCAGGACUCUGCGUCUUGUUGCUCAGCCCAACUCUUUGCAGCGGUAGCAGGAUUCUGGUUGUUCCUGUUGAUGGCAGCCACUGGAUCAACAUGGAGAUUAUCCUCCACGAGCUGCAUUCCAGGGGCCACAGCAUCACUGUCCUGCGCUUUGCCAAGAGCUGGUACAUCUCUGGAAACUCGUCCAUUUAUACUUCUAUUGAUAUUCCCGCGCUCGAGGACGAGUCCGACAGAAACGCUUUCACUACAAUGAUACAAGAUGUUAUGGACUGUCGCAAGUCGUUCGCGUUCACCCGAACCUUGUGCCAGCAGGAUUUGCUUACAUCCAUGAUGGCAGAUGCCCAUAAAAUGCUGGCCAGGACUGCUGCUACAAUGUUGGAAGACCCUGAUUUUAUGCGGAAGAUACAGGACGCCAAGUUUGACCUAAUGCUAACUGAUCCUGCUCUAAACAUAGGAAUUAUUCUUGGUAGCUACCUGAAGCUGCCGAUGGUUUUCAACGUGCGCUGGAUUAACACAGGGGAUGCUCAUUUCUCCAUAGCUCCAUCUCCUCUCUCCUAUGUCCCCUUUUCAGCAAGUGAACUUCAUGACCAGAUGGGAUUUUGGGAAAGAACCAAGAACAUGCUGCACUACCUCCACAGUGUUGCUGAAAAGCAUUUUCUCAUUAGCCCCAUCUACUCUGAUCUCCUCCAAAAGCACUUUCCUCCUGGAACCGACCUCUUCUCUUUGCAGCAUGCAGCCGAUAUCUGGCUUCUCAGAACAGAUUUUGUCUUUGAGUUUCCUCGGCCCACCAUGCCCAACGUGGUUUACAUAGGAGGGUUCCAGUGCAAAGCGCCCAGACCUCUCUCUGCUGAGCUGGAGGCCUUCAUGCAGAGCUCAGAAGAGCACGGGGUAGUGGUCAUGUCUCUGGGGACGUUUGUGUCAGCUUUGACUCCAGAGGUCACAGAGGCCAUCGCUGCUGCCUUCGCUGAGCUCCCGCAGAAAGUGAUAUGGAAGUUUAGCGGCGAAAAGCCUUCAUCCCUUGGAAACAACACCUUGCUGGUGAAGUGGCUGCCUCAGAACGACCUGCUGGCACACCCCAGGACCCGUGCCUUUGUAGCGCACGGAGGCACCAACGGCAUGUACGAGGCCAUCUUCCACGGCGUCCCCGUGCUGGGCCUGCCGCUCCUUUUUGACCAGUUUGACAACUUGCUCCGGCUGAAGGUCCGCGGGGCUGCUCGAGUGGUGGAGGCCACCACACUCACAAAAGAAGACUUCCUGGAAGCUUUAAGGGACGUCCUGGAGAAUCCUUCAUACCGUCAGAACAUACAGCGACUGUCUGAGCUACACCGUGACCAGCCACUGUCUCCUAUGGACACGGCCAUCUUUUGGAUUGAGUACGUCAUCAGGAACAAAGGGGCAGCACAUCUGCAGUCAGCAGGCUUCGGACUACCCUGGUACUCCUACUUCUGCCUGGACGUGGCUGUUUUCAUCAUGGCCACUGCAGGAGCCUUUGUCUGGGCUUUAGUCUUCUUUUGCAGGGUUGUCUGCUGCCGUAUGUUCAGGAGGAAGAUGAAAGCAGAGUAACCAACGCAAGCUCCAAGCUCAUCUACCAUUACUCUCCUUUCUGCCUUAUAGUUUAACCAUUUUGAUAAAAUAAAAGUGUCAGUGUGGUUCUGUUUUAAGUAUCAGAGUAACUUCCUGUACUGUAUAAACAACAAAUAUUACAUGUAUACUUAAUAAUAAUGAUAUUUUAUUAAAAUAUAUUUGCUUUA